AUGACACGAGAGGCGGUGGUGAAUACGGACCAAGAGCUCUGGUUCUUCAAGCUACCGAAGAGUCUGGACGCAUCAGCGCUUGCCAAUGUGACGUUCAAAGUAGGUGAGGAAAAUGUGGUAGUGAAGCCUGGAAAAUUGCUGGCCAAGGUCACGGCCGGUGAAGACAACAAGAAGUACGUGCUGCAGAGCGAGGACCGCAUGCUCACAGAUCAGCUCGUGAACGCUCUGCCACUUGCCUCGGAUCGUUCUCGCUUUGUGCUGGGCAAACCUUUCUCGCGUUGUUUUUCGCUGGUGGAAGACUGGUUUGAGGCGCCAUCUACAGUAUCAGAGAAGAAGACGACCGAGAGUGAGACGCACAAGUCCAAGAAGGUGAAGCACAAGAAGUGA